UUAUCACAAGUCCCGAUAGUUCAUCAAAAAGAAGAAAAGAAAACAAGAAUCUCUCCACUAGUCGUGUGAGGAUGGACUAUUUCUGGUUACACGUGAUUUUCAUUGCGCAGUUCUUCACUUUACGGUUUAGCAAGAGUUAUGGGGAACUCAUCAUGCUGAGAUAUCCCUCAAAUAAUACCAACGAGUAUUCCUACGAGUGCAUCACCGCCAAUGAUGGAAGCGCAUUGGUUUGGAAUAUCGAACCCGGCGGUGCUGUAUCCGAAUACGAACCAGACUCGACGAGGAACAUCUGUGUCGGCGUAGUUUUUGGCUCAUUGAAGAAUUGCAUUUCGGAGGAAAACGUCAUCGGUAAAUUUGAAGAAGUGCUUUCGAUUGAUUAUCCGAUGGAUCCAGUAUUCGACUAUCGUUGGGAAGGCUUUGAGGAAGCGAAUUCAUCGUUUACUUUGAAUGUGGGGAAUGCGACGACCGUUGUGUUUUCUGCCCGGACAUGUGAAACUCUUAACGUGCGACUCACUGAGAAUAACUCAACGUCAUUAAUAUCCUCAGUUACAUUACCUACGUCGGAACAGUGCGAUAAUCGUAAGAAUAAUUCGAACGCCGGACCAGUGCUCAAAUCCUCUGACAAUCCGAUGAAGUGGCAUACUUACAUUAUGAAAUGGAAUGAGAGAUAUAAGCUGGAUCUUUUCCAAAAUGGUACCACAAAAAACUACUCGUACGAUUUACCUGAGAGUUCAUCAAAAAUCACGAAAAUGCAUUUUGACAUUCCCGAUAGUACACGUCUAAGAGUUCACUGGUAUAGAUAUUUUCUUACCAAUAAAACCGGCUCCGAAUUACGCUUGACGAACCUUCCUCAACCAAUAAAACUACAAUUUUGCGUACAUUUGGUUAUCAGUCUUUGUGAAGAGUGCCAAUUUGAAGUCCGUAUCGAUGAUGGCACUGGGAAUCGGCUGAACAAGACUUUCUCCAGAAGAGGAUCUACCAAUACUGGAUUACCGUUCUGGCAAAUUGAAACGCUAAACGUAACUGUCAAGACAAAUACCACGAGAUCACCUACCGUCAUAUUGUUCAUCAGAACUGCAAAAAAAGGCGAUAUUACCGAUGGCCGUUGGGCAUUAGGGGGUAUUCCGUAUUGCGAAUCACAAAAUACAAUAAGCGCUCAAGACGAUUCGAGGUACACGAACCUGAUCGUUAAAAAGAUUAAUGAUCAAAAACUACCGAAAGUUUUUUGCGAAAAACUAUUUUAUACCGAGAAUUCGGUGGUCAAUUCCGAAGCAACUUUUACUAACGCCAUUUCAAGAAUGUCGAGACCGAUAUCGAAGUCGUAUUGUAAUUCUGCUCCGGAUCGUUGCAAAGGAUUGAUCAUUUGCAAUCUCUUUAAUUGUAACUGUGCACCGGGAUAUAACGGCUUUGAUUGCGACCAAGAAUGUCCGAAAGGGAAUUACGGAUAUGGUUGCCAAGACACCUGCCACCACUGCUUCAGUAAAUCGUGCGAUAAUAUCAUGGGAAAGUGCAAUUCGAAGUGCACAGGAAAUCGCGUUUUUCCUUACUGCAAAAAAUCGCUACAAAUACCAAUGGUAGAGCAUUUCUGCGAUACUUCGGCAACGUUGCGAUGGGACUCCUUCCUCGACGAGGAAGAGAGACAAAAUUUUAACAUCGAAUUAAAUAAUGGAGUCGGCGAUUGCAGAUCGGUGCCAGUUGGAUCUGAGAAGCGAAAAAGGGUAGCAGGUCUGGUUCCAUGCAGUACGUAUGAAGUACGAUUCGUAAUAGGAACACCCAAGCAUGGAAUUACUCGAAGCGAUAAACAAAAUUUUACUACCAGGUGGAAUCCACCGACGAAUUUGACCGUGACACGGGAAAAAUUGGGUUGCAUUAAGCUGAACUGGUUACAUAAUUCUUCUAACACAAAACAACCGGUGUUUAAGGUUUCAUAUCGCCAAUUGACCACGUCUCUAAAAACCGCACGAACGUUAUUACCAUCUUCUCGACAACAUAAGGACAAUCGAACGACACCGAAGUAUGCCGUCGAUCUGUGUCUUUUGACUGCGUCGAAGUAUAUUUUUACAGUGACUGCUGCGGACGAUAAGCUUCGCUGUGGAAAUGCAAGUGCGCAAAUGACCUAUUACAUUCCACCACGUCCUUCUUUUGGUGGAGCGGAGUUGCAGGUCUCUCGUAACGACUUCGAUUCAAUCGAAUUGGUUAUUCCACCAGUUAUGAACGACACCACCCAGUCGAAAAUCAGUCUCGACGUGAUCGCAAAGCCGAAUUGUUCGAUCUCAAAUAUUCGAAGCUACGAUUCGGAACGAGUUUGGAAGUCUGCGAAUAGAACCGGUACCGAACCUAUAUCGGUAACAAUGUUGGGGAACGGCAGUAUAAAUCUUAUCAUGAAGAGAGACACUGAACUCUGCCAGUUGUUACCUUAUGAGUCUCACGACGUAAAAGUCACCGUCAGUGAUGGUCACAGUAGACAAUCAUUGUCAGGGAGGAUAGAAUCAUUGGAAUCAUACUUGAAUUUGACGAUAGGUAUGGGGGUAACUUUCGUGAUUUGUGCUACGUUCGUCGUGUACUUUGGAUAUAAAUUUGUCCAUUCAAGAGUGGGGUUACAUCACUCGAAUGAGAAAAUGCAGACGACUACAAUUCCAUAUGAAUCAUUACACAGUCAGUCCGCCCGCGAAGAGAAACUGAAGAAUUUUGAAAAAGGAUUUAGAAAAUCUGUCGAGAACGGGGUGAUGCUACAACAAUUCAGGGAACUACCGAGAGGAUUGGUUCGUCCGUGCAAGAUUGGAAUUUUGCCGAAGAAUAGGUCGAAAAAUAGAUACGGAAAUUUUAUAGCAUAUGAUGACACUCGAGUGAUAUUGGGCGGAGGCUGUAGUAGCGACGACUACAUUAACGCCAACUAUAUUGACGGCUACUGCAAGGAAAAAGCUUACAUCGCAACACAGGCACCGAUACCAGAAACAGUUGAUGAUUUCUGGAGGAUGAUUUGGCAGGAAGAAGUUACCAUAAUUUGUAUGCUUGUGGAUGUGCACGACGGUGACAAGAAAAUCUGUGAGCAAUACUGGCCCAAGAAUGUAAAGGCGAGGAAAGAUUACGGCGAAUAUGCCGUAUGCAAUAUGGAAGAACGCGUCCACGCGAAUUUCAUUCAUAGAAGUCUCUUGAUGGUGACAUGUUAUGAUGAAAAAUCGCGAAUGAUCGAGCAUCUACAGUACACGGAAUGGUCCGAUGAAGAGGUUCCGACAUCUUCACAUUCCGUAGUAGAAUAUCUAAAUGAGUUGCGAUCCAUACAUACCCGAGGAGGACCCGUCGUAGUUCAUUGCAGCAGCGGCGCAGGACGAACCGGAACAAUUAUUCUGUGCGAUAUCAGCACUCGUCGUAUCGCUGACAAGGGGACGGUUGACAUCUUUGCCGAGGCGAGAAAAAUGUUCGAAGCUCGAGCUAAUAUGUUGUCCAACUUUAAACAAUUUGUGUUAACACACGUAGUGGCAGUGGAGUAUCUACUUCCACCGCCGACAAAAAUUACCUGCGGGGAAAUUAUGAGAGAAAAAAUAGAACAGUUUAAAACCGAGUUACCCAUGCUCAUGUCACGACUCGAGGGUUGUUCUUGGAUGGACAAAUCCAUGUACUGUUUGGAUCCUGUAAAACCUCCUGCCUACGAAAAUAUAUCGAAAAAUAGAUUUCGGAAGCUCACACCAGUCAGUUCGCGUUUGGUGAUCCUCCAGCGUUAUCCGACUCAUGAUAUUCACAGCGAUUACAUAAGUGCUGUAAGCGUUGACGGUGUUUACGGGAAACGGUAUAUUACCUCUCAAUUGCCGCUGCCUUCAACCCUCACUGACUUCUGGAGGUUGAUUAUAGAGAAAAACGUUCGGGUCAUUGUGAUACUCCAACGUCCCGAUCCUGAGAACAAUGACUCCUGCUGCGACGUCGUACCCCGUGGAACGUUAAUCCCCGUUCCUAACGUGAACGUAAAAACAGAAUCCAGUUCGAACGCCAACAAGUUUUUCACGAUGGACACGCUAUCGCUGACUAACACAUCGACGGUUCCAGCGAGCAAACGGAAGAUCGUAGCUCUAACGUGCGAGAAUUGGAGUUUGGACGAAGAUGCGAGACCACCGGAACCGGAAGCUUUGGUAAAUCUUUGGAUUGCUGUGAAAAGGACAUGGCGCUGUGGUCCGAUUUUGGUUCUCUGCUAUGACGGAGUUAAGGGUUGCGGCCUUUACGUCACCAUGAGCUACAUGCUCGAUAGGAUGUCCUCGGAGCGGGAAUGCGAUGUAAUUUCGGCAACCAGAGCGGUUCAACGAUCAAGACAAGAGUUUAUGACGGAGCAGUGGCAAUUCGAGUAUCUCUACGACGCGGCGGUACAGCACGCCGAAGCUUUUAAAACUUAUGCCAACGUCAGUUGAUUACCGGCGAGUAACAGAAAGAAGACUUCGAUUCACGAUUUUAUUUCGUCCUUUUCAUUCAUACUCAUUUCCAGUGAUGAACGUACAACAGUGAUGAACAUACCUAGAAUUACCUUAUUUUUUAAUAAUAAAUAAUAAUUAUCAUAAUAA